GUUUAACCGGGUUUUGGUUCGGCCGAAUAUUUCCGUCCUUUAAGAAAAAUGUUCCGGUUGUGGCAUGUGGUAAUUUCGGUAAUGUUCGUAAUGGUAUGUUUUCUGUGGUACGCGUAGGUGCGUCAUACGGAGUGGCACGUUUGAAAGAUACGGAGUG